ACAGCACCCACUUCCCCGGGAUCUGAGCGCGCGGUGUGGGAGCGCUGCAGCCCCCGGGUGGGCCAGUCGAGAGACCGCAUCUGCCCGCGGAGCACCGCGCUGGGAGCGGGGCUGCGCGGCCGGCAGGCAGGGAACCGGGUGGAGUCGCUGCCGCGGUCAGCCUCCGGGCUCCACCUGUUGCAGCUUCGGAGCUCUCGAGCCAGGCCGGGCGGAGCCCGGGGAGCUCGGCUCCCAGCGCCGUUCUGCAGAGCGGGGCCGAGGCGAGGAGGGGCCCUGGGAGCAGUGCUGACAGGGCGGCGCGGAGGGGGCUGUCCUGGGGAGGUGAGAAUGGAGCUCAGAGACUGUGCCAGUGCCCCCUGAAAGGCCAGGUCUUGGGGAGGGAGCCCCUGGCCGUGUGCUGGGGAGUCUGGCCGCUGUUCUGCACGGGGCAAGGGGAAAGCACUCCGCAGCACCAGAUCUCUGGAGCACACUGAGGCGGCCAAGCCCGGAUGGAGGAGCUGGAACUCUCCAGCCCCCAGUCCUCCGCCACCUCUCCGGGAACUGGGGCUGGCUAGGGACGCGCGUCGCACCCGCACAGCCGGCGCGUGGGAGCGGAAGACGCCCCCGCGCGGGACCGGGAGGCCAAGGGCGCUCGGAGCAAGGCUAGGGGGGCUGCCCGGGGAAGAUGCCCCUAACUCCCCUCGUCCCCCCAUUCCGACCUCCCUUUCUGGUGUCCUCCUCCAGCCGUUCUGUCCGCCGGAUGCCGCGCAGCGCGGGGGCCGGACGCGAGGUAGGAACCCGUGGGCCCCGCUCCCGGCCGUCCCUCGGGAUGCGCCCACCCAGGACCUGCUCCAGCCACUACACCCCGGCAGACGGGUAGGUGACCCCAGAGGUCUGAGGCUCCUAGCGACGCCGAGACUGGCACGCAGCCCCACGGAUCCAUCUGGGGAGGCCCCCCCAGCGAGCGCCAGCACACGGACACCCCGCGUCCCAGCCGUCGGCGGCUGGAGAAGAGAUGGGCAAAGAGACUGAGCCCACCCGGCUCCUCUAACCCACCAGCUUCCAAGGCCGGAAGACCUUGCUGCGGGGGAAAUUCAAGUCCGUCCGGAUUCGCGCUGAGGACGCGCCACGCCCCCUCCCCAAUCUGAGCAGAUCAGGGAGGGCAUCCGGGGGGAACCAGCCGACUCCGCUCUCGGUCACUUGGACCUCGAGCAUUUAGGAGAACUCCGAGGCGGGUGGGGACAGAAAGCGGAUUUGAAACCAGGAGUCGAGGCGGACGUGGGGAGCUGGAGCGGGCGCCGCGGGAGCAAUCGAGGAGGCGGCCUGGGGAACCGCGCGGCCUGGGACUGCGCCCCGAGGUCAUGAGCUAGCGGACCGUCGGGCGUGCGGGGGCGGGUUGAGCGGCCAGCCCCGGGGGGGGGCCGGAGCGACAGUCGUCCGGCGGCCACGGCCCUCCGGCGCGGGGCGGCCCCCGGGGACCCGGCCAUGGCCGGCCGGGGGUGCGGCUGCAGCUGCGGCCCGGGCUACCUGAACGAGGACAACGCGCGCUUCCUGCUGCUCGCCGCGCUCAUCGUGCUCUACCUACUGGGCGGCGCCGCCGUCUUUUCGGCGCUGGAACUCGCGCACGAGCGCCAGGCCAAGCAGCGCUGGGAGGAGCGCCUGGCCAACUUCAGCCGCCGCCACAACCUGAGCCGCGACGAGCUGCGCGGCUUCCUUCGCCACUACGAGGAGGCCACCGAGGCCGGCAUCCGCGUGGACAGCGCCCGCCCGCGCUGGGACUUCACCGGCGCCUUCUACUUCGUGGGCACCGUCGUGUCCACCAUAGGGUUUGGGAUGACAACUCCAGCGACAGUAGGAGGAAAAAUCUUUCUGAUCUUUUAUGGUCUCAUUGGGUGUGCAAGCACCAUCUUGUUCUUCAACCUCUUCCUGGAGCGCCUCAUCACCGUCAUCGCCUACAUCAUGAAGUCAUGCCACCAGCGGCAGCUCCAGAGGCGAGGGGCCCUGCCCCAGGACAGCCUGAAGAACUCCAGCAGGAGCGAGGCGGAUAGCUUGGCCGGCUGGAAGCCCUCCGUGUACUAUGUGAUGCUGAUCCUCUGCGUGGCCUCCCUCCUCAUCUCCUGCUGUGCCUCAGCCAUGUACACCUCCAUCGAAGGCUGGAGCUACUUCGACUCACUCUACUUUUGCUUUGUGGCCUUCAGCACCAUUGGCUUCGGAGACUUUGUCAGCAGCCAGAACGCCCAGUAUGACAGCCAAGGUCUCUACCGCUUCGCCAACUUCAUGUUCAUCCUCAUGGGCGUCUGCUGCAUCUACUCCUUGUUCAAUGUCAUCUCCAUCAUCAUCAAACAGUCCGUGAACUGGAUCCUGAGGAAAAUGGGUGGGGGGUGCUGUCAACAAUGCCAGAGGAAACUCCUCCCAUCACGGAGGAAUGUGGUCAUGCCAGGCAAUGUCCAGAACAGGUGCAACAUCUCCAUAGACACGGACGGGGUGAUGGACAGCGACACAGAUGGGCGGCGACUCUCAGGGGAGAUGAUCUCCAUGAAGGACUUCUUGGCCGCCAACAAGGUCUCGCUGGCCAUCCUCCAGAAGCAGCUGUCGGAGACAGCCAACGGCUGCCCGCCCCAGGCCAGCGUGCUGUCCCGGGACAACGAGUUCUCAGGCGGGGUGGGGGCCUUUGCGAUCAUGAACAACAGGCUGGCAGAGACCAGUGGGGACAGGUAGGAGAGAGGACUGGACACUGGGCGUGGGGACCGGGAGAGUGGACACACUGGAGCUGUCCCAUCACCCUCUGAAGACCCAGCCAUAGAAAGCUUUUCUCCUCUAAGGUCUAAAUCGGUCCUAAGAAUGAAUCACCAAAGCAGCCCAAGACCUUGGCCCUGUUCCUUUACCCAUAUGCCUCCAGGAUUUGAACUGCCGAAGGGAGGGAGGGUUUAAGUAAGCCUCUGUUUCCUGCUGCUCUGUUCUUCAUUUGGAAAUAAAAAUCCCAAACGAAGGUUAUCCCGUUCCUAUGGAGUCCUGAUUCUGUGAAACCAGAUUCUCCACCCUUCCCUGCCCCUUCGAACUAGUGGGGGGAAUGUCUCACCUGGCAUCUGGGCCCUGGGCUUCCUUCAGAACAGAUUCGUCCCCAGAUGGCACAGAUAGGGAAGUCACCUGUUCUAUUCACUGUGU